GCGCGUGCGCACGGCGUAGAGAAAGUUAACUCCUGAACUUCGCAGCUCGAGAUUUUCUUGGUGAGAUUAAUAAAGAAGCAGCAGGAAAAGACGCUGCGGCGGCGGACAUGGCUUUCCGCAGGAGGAACAAGAGCUACCCCUUCUUCAGCCAGGAGUUCCUCAUCCAGAACCACGCGGACAUCGUGUUCACUCUGGUCAUUUUCAUUCUCAUUGGACUGAUGUUCGAGGCUACAGCGAAGACGGCCAUACUGUUCAUUCAGCCUCAGUACAAUGUCACCACACUGUCACCAGAGGGAGAGGUGACGCUGUACCACUACGGAUGGAAGGACUCUGCCACCAUCCUUUUCUACUUCUUCAUCGCCAUCAUACUCCAUGCCGUAGUGCAGGAGUAUCUUCUGGAUAAGGUGAACCGCCGUCUCCACCUCUCCAAGAGCAAGAACACCAAGUUCAACGAGUCGGGUCAACUGUGUGUGUUUCACCUGGUGUCCAGCGUAUGGAGCCUUUACGUUCUCGUAACAGAAGGAUAUGUCCUGCAUCCCAGCAGCCUUUGGGAGAACUAUCCCCAUGUACACCUCAGGUUUCAGGUGAAGUUUUUCUACCUCACUCAGCUGGCCUACUGGCUCCAUGCCCUGCCGGAGCUCUACUUCCAGAAAGUACGGAAGGAGGAGAUUUCCCGCCAGCUGCAGUACAUCUGCCUGUAUCUGCUGCACAUCUCUGCAGCCUAUUUGUUAAAUUUGAGUCGUGUGGGUCUGGUCCUGCUCUUCCUCCAGUACGUGUCAGAACUGGGCUUCCACAUCGCCAGACUCUUCUAUUUCACUGAUGAGAACCAUCAGAAAAUGUUUGACCUGUGGGCGGUCAGCUUUGUGUUUACACGGAUGGCCACUCUGACCCUGAUGUUCCUGGCAGUUGGCUUUGGUUUGGCUCGUGCUGAGAGCCAGGGGCUGGACUGGGAGAUGGGAAACUUCAACACUGUGCUGAUUAGGAUGACUGUUCUACUGCUGGUGUGUUUGACCCAAUCCUGGCUACUCUGGAAGUUUAUCCGCUUCCAGCUGAGGCGCUGGAGGGAGUUCAGACACGAACAGGCCGUCCGCAAGAAGGCAGCCCCAAAACAACCCCUACGGACAGUGAAGAGAGACUCACUUGGUCACCAUGAAAACGGAGUUCUUAAAGCGGAGAACGGAGCCUCUCCUCGGACCAAAAAACUCAAAUCCACCUAAGAAAACGCACAGACUGGCCUGAACAGCAGCCUUAGCCCAGGCUAAGGUUUUCUCAACAGCAAAACAGGGGAACUGGUGGCCGGUGGCCACGGGGCUCCUGGUUGACUACGUCCUGAGAUGUUACAGGGACUCAGUCGCUUGAAUGCUGGAAAAUGGAAACCAAGGAAAUCUCUUUGAGCCCAAAAGACAUUUACUCUUCUCAUCAUAUCAGUAUUUUCAUACAUCCACGCAGCCUGCUCCCCCUUCCUAAGGAACACCACUGUGUGCAUAAAAGUGAAUGCAGUAAAUGGCACACAAGUUACUGUGUGUGUCAGUGAUGAAUGUGUCCGUGCAUUUCCUCAUACAUAAGUACUGUAUUGGUUGUAGUGUUUGCAGCUCUUCCCAUUGAGCCGGCUUUGCUUGUUUUCUGGUCUGAUCCAUUGGAGCAGAAUGAAUUGUUACUGAUGAUAUGCUAUGAUAUGAGCUUACUGUAUGCCGGCUGUAGCGUUAUCCCUUAACCAAGCCAAGAGAAGGGAUUCUGGCCAAACAAUGAUGUUCACCUAUAGGCUCCUCCCAAUGAUUUACAUCUGUCACUGGUCACUUAAUAGAUAUGUAUCGAGUAUGUAUGUUGGAUAUUACCGCAUGCCAUUCCAUGUUUUGUUUUUUUGUUAAUUACUUUAUUAAAUAAUGCAAUUUUCUCAAAUAAGAUAAA